CCUUCUUCUUCCGAGAAAAGCUCAAAACCCAUUUAAUGUUCACAACCAGAGAGCUCGUAUCGCUCUCCAAUGGCGCUCUAUCCAUCCCUACAACUCAUUCGAUUCCCUCCUCAAGCACUCUCCUCGUCCUCUCGCCACCUUCUCAUUUCUGACCUCGGCUCCGUAUCGCGCUUCUUCCGAUCUCCAUGGCUUUCCUCUUUGCCUCCGUCGCGGAAGUGCAGGAUGAUUUUAUCUUCCAGGACCAAGUGUUUCUCCAUGUCCACUGAGGAGGAUCAGUGGAGUGAAUCGGAAGCGUUGAUGUCCGAUGUUGACGAAGGGGGAGAUCGUGAGGAUGAUAUUGGUGUUCAGCAAGAAAGCUCUGUGGUCUCUGCUGCUUCUGCGCAGAGGAUUUCUUCCUCGUCGCCGAGUGAUUAUCUGUCGCUUGCGAUUCGUGAGUCGGUUUAUGAGGUAUUAGAGGUUAAAGCCAAUGGUGCCGUAUCUACUAGGAAGAUAAACAGACGUCAGCUGUUGAAGUCAAGUGGGCUUCGUCCACGUGAUGUCCGGAGUGUUGAUCCAUCUUUAUUUUUGACAAACUCAAUGCCUACAUUACUGGUCCGUGAAAAUGCUAUUUUACUUAAUCUGGGAUCGCUGCGAGCAAUAGCUAUGCCGGACUGUGUCCUCAUAUUCGAUUAUAACCGUCCAGGAGGACAGGCUUUUAUUGAAUCAUUGUUGCCACGAUUGAACCCAAAAAGCAUGAAUGGAGUGCCAGCAAUGCCAUUUGAACUUGAGGUUGUUGAAGCUGCAUUGCUUUCACGAACACAGCGUUUGGAGCAGCGACUAAUGAAAGUAGAACCUCGUGUGAGUAUGGGAACAUAGUGAGUAUAAAUAUAAAAAUUCGUUUUCUGUUUCUCCCAUUUAGUCUUGUUUUUCCCCUAGAAAAGAUCAGAGUAGAAUAAACUUGAUCAAUCUGCCACCAGUUCGACCUGGACAGAUUUAGUAUUCAUUGCUUUAUCUUCUUCGUCAGUCUAGAAUUGCUAUUGUAGGCUUGAUUUUGUAUGUCUGUUUCAAUGUUAAUAAAUUUACACGUUGUGGUUUUUUGUGAAAUUUAUUCUCUUAGUCUUGAUUGAAAAAUUAUAAUGCUUAUAUAGAGUUGUGGCUACAUGAAACAAAUGGACAAAUUCCUUAGACUAGGCGACAAACUUGAAGAAAAAUUGAAGUUCUCAGUUGGGUUCAAUUCCUUUGUGCAUUCUUCUGGCCUUAGGAUCCUUCUAUGUUUCGAAAACAAUAUUAUUGGGUAUUAAUUACAAUGAUAAGUUUUUUUUAAUACGUAUGUUCUUCUAGAGAACCAAAAGAGAUGGCCUAAGAGCAGUGGGUAGAGAUUAUCCCCCCCCCUAAAGAACUAACAAAGGAAAUCUUUCGAAUCGUUAAUUAUCAUUAAAGGACUGUAAUUACAAAAGAAUUUAGCAUGAUUUGUACACCACCAAGAGGCAUUCUGUUGUAGCAAAAACAAAAAUAAUCAAAAGGAGAGAACUUAUUUUCAAACACUUGGUUGUUCCUUUCCCUCCAAAGGCCCCGAGGAAGAGAGCGCGUUGCACAACGCCAAAUGACUUUUCCCCUAUCACCAACAAACCUUCGAAAACUCAACGCUAAAUUCUUAAAAUAAACCCUGGAACCCUUUAUCCGCAAAAAGGGGGCAGUGAAGGACGAAAUGGUCUAGGGAUUCUUCCUUCUGUAAACAUACACAACAAACAGAGGGAAACAUCACCCAAUUUCGGCAUUUCCUUUUGAAGUUUUUCGUGAGUAUUCAAACUUCUGAGACAGCGACCUAAGGAAGACUUCGACCUUUUUUGGCAUCUUAAAUUUCCAAAUUAAAUUUCAAUGGGGCAAAGAUUCGUCUCCCCAUUGGUUGGCUUAAAAUAAAGUUGACAUUGCACUCUAUCGCUCGUGGUAUUUUUAUUAUAAAAUUAAAGAAUACAGGGACCACCACCACCAAAAAAAAA